AAUAAAUGUAAGAAAAUCCAGUCAAAACAAUAGAUAAGAUAAUAAAGAUGGAAUUUUAAUGAAUAUAAAGUUGUUUAAAAUAGAGAAGUAAAAGAUAUAAUGUAUAGCAGCUAUAUCAUUUUCUGAUUUAAUUAAUGAAGCAUCUUUUAAAGGGAUCUAUUUAUGGAUAAUUUGGAGAGAAGGAUGAAAUGAAAGUAUUUUUUAAAUUUCUGAUGAUGUUAAGAGAUAAGUAGAAGUAGUAGAAUAGAAUGGAGAAAGGAAUGUGAAAGUUAAGUAAGUAAUAAAUUAAUAAUAGAAUUUAACCAGAUGAUGUUGAAGUAUAUAAUACUGAGAUAAUAUUAUAGGCUUUAGAGGAAAGAGUGAUGUG